AAGUAUCUUUUGUUGGCGCACCUCUUGCUUGGCUGCAUUCGACCCAACUGUCUUCUAUCGUCCCAAACACCGCGUGGGAUCGCCAACACAAUCCCUCAACCUCGACCUACCGUACUAUUUGACAGUAUCACCAUGGUCCGCCUCAAGAAGCUACAACGCAGACCACUCUUACGCAAAAGACGUCAAGCUGACCCAAUAAUAUCAUCCUCAGGAUCUCCCAAGGGUAGAAGAUGGUUUGCUCUGACACCCCUCAACUGCCUGGCAUGUGUCUGCUUAUUCCUGAAUGUGUUGGUCUUGAGCCUGACCCUCAUGAUCAAUCGUCGAUUAAAGCAAAAGGGGAACGUUGUACCAAAUCAGACGCCUCCUCCCGAACGCAUUUCUUCUUCAGUGGCCACGGUGGCUGCCGCCAAGGGCGAUUUCAAGAUCUCGUCUUCCCACGGAGCCAGCAAUUAUCUGGUACCACCUGCCAAAGUCAAGGAGUCUCCCACACCCCUUCAUAUUGUAUUUCAUACGGACUGUCGAGAUCCCACUCAAGAUUGGCAGGCAUACGUAUUGUUUUACGGAAUUUACAAAAUGAAACAACCGGGAGAAGUCACGCGCGUCAUUUCGGGAUGUCAACAAGAAGGACGCAAAAUGAGUUUGGAAACCACACAUAAAACACAAAUUGAACCCAUGGGCGUACUCGCCAGUGGCAGUGCGUCGCGAUUUCACGUUCAUUUUGCACCGGCCCAUCCGCAUCAGGCCGAAAUUGGGUCGCUGCGCAAACACAUGAAAUACUUUAAUCGACCCUUUGGAAUCUACCAUUGGAUGGAACAUGUUCUGGGAUAUUCCGAACAAAAACCCAACAAUGCCCAUGAUGGGACCGUUAUCAUUGUCAUGGAUUGCGAUAUGAUUGUCAUGAGACCCUUGACGGCAGACUUUGGAAUGGAAGAAUUGUGGAAGAAACAGUUGAAUCCUCAGUUACAGGGACAACCCCAACGAGUCCAACCGGGACAUCCCAUGGCACAACACACGGCAUUUCCCAGUCAAUGGUGGAAUGAACUAGAAGUCGGCACAGUAUCGUCACCCGCCAUUCAACCGGGAUUGACCAAAUUGCAACAAAUGCUGCGCAGUGACGUCGAUAAUCAUUAUGCUACGGGCUUGCCGAUAUUGGCGGCCGCAUCGGACUUUUAUCCCCUCGUGCAAAAGUGGUCGGCCGUGGCAUUCCCACUCUUUGAAGCGUUGCAAGAAAAAAUACUGCGGGAACCACAUGGCCCGUAUGCUUUGGCGGCAGCCGAGUUGCAGAAACCUCAUCAAUUGGCCGAAUCCUUUUCCAUUCAAGGACACAAGGAACCGGGUUUUGGACUCUUGGAGGCCCAUUUUUCGGGAUACGAGGGUGCCGCCCUGCUGAGUCGACCCGAUGCGCAAUGUCGCCAGACUCCCGUCGAAUUGAAACCCCAUAUUUUGCAAUAUUCCAAACGCUACGGACUGGGAAAUUUCAUUAUUGGCAAACACUACAUGCCCAAAAACUUCAUGGGCACCAUGGACGCUUGUGACCAGCCGCUCUAUGCGGAACCACCCGACAACAUCGCGGAACUAUUUCGGUAUUAUAUGGAUCCCGAAUUGAAACAACGUGUGGAAAUUGAAAAGGAAAUGCACAUUCUGCAAAUGAGUGUCAUGCUGUGUGAAAUCAUUCAAGCAUUUAAUGAAGCUGCCACCAACUGGAAGCAACGACACUGUACGCAAGCUCGAGUCAAUAUCGACAAGCAAUUGCAGUUUGAGGAUGGUGAACCACCCAAAAGCAGGAGGGAGCGAUAAAUAGAUAGAAGAGAUCGAAGAUAGAUGCUGUCGGAUUGGUGGUUGGGGAGAAUACGACAACCAUCCGUGGCGAAAUUUUUUUGCCAGUAUCAGGGUCACACUCUACGUUCCCGCCACGAUACGGACAACCGUACCACUUUCUUCUGGACGAAGUGACUCUGAGUCACUCUCAUAGCUCUCUCAUGUUCCUGUCUGCUGGCCAUACAAAAUGUCGGAAUUACAUGUAUGUGUGUUGGGUUAUUGUCGUCGAUUACGAUUGUUAUGGAAAUGAAAGUACCCACAGCUUGGGUCUUUCUCGGGAGAUGCAUGUCCUAGAAAAUGAAUGAAUGAAUAACUAGCUAGUCAUAAAAGCGAGUAAUGCUAUUCUUGUUGAACUGAGU